AUGCAAUUCUUGAAGAUAGGAAAUAUGCUCAAAGAAUGGAAUCAAUCUCUGCUGGUGUUGAUUCCAAAGGUUAAGGUUCCUGAACUUGCUAGCCAUUUCAGACCUAUUAGCCUGUGCAACACGGUGUAUAAGUGCAUUUCUAAGUGCUUGGCGAACAGGCUAAAGUCGGUUCUGCCAGGUCUUAUCACGGAAAAUCAGCAUGCUUUCAUACCUGGUAGGUAUAUGGAGGACAAUAUUCUUUUAAGUCUAAUAAACUCGAAGAAAAGGUCUAAUUUUACAGCGGUAAAGAUCGAUAUGUCCAAGGCAUAUGACAGAGUGGAUUGGCUCUUUAUCCUGAAAGUCCUACAAAGUCAGGGAUUCUCAAACCACUGGAUAAGGAUGAUCUCACAGUGUUUUUCGACGGUUAGUUUCAAGGCAAUCAUAAACAGGAAAACUAGUGAUCAUUUUGCUCCUAAGUGUGAGCUGAGACAGGGGGACCCUCUAUCCCCGUACCUUUCCAUUCAGUGUAUGGAUAUUUUGUCACGAAUGUUGAACCUGGCCGAGGAUAUCAAGAAAAUUCAAGGUCUAAAGGUAUCCCGAAGGUCUCCAUCUAUUUCUCAUCUGUUCUUUGCAGAUGAUGCCAUGCUCUUCUUCAAGGAAAAUAAGGAGUCAUGUAUGUGUAUCUCAGAUAUUCUCCAUAGGUUUGGUAAAGCCUCUGGCCAGCAGCUUAACCUCCAAAAGUCUGUCAUCAAGUUCUCGCCGGAGGUUGAUAUUGAUAUGAAAGUGAGUAUGAAACAAAUCCUUUCGAUGCCAGAAUCAGCUAACAUGGGGAUUCAUUUGGGAGCUCCGAUUGACAUCCAAGGGAAAAAGAGUAGCUACUUCCAAUUCUUGGUGGAUAAUGUUUCGGAAAGAAUUAUGGCAUGGGCAUCUUUAAGGCUCUCUCAACCAGCAAAACUGAUUCUUAUCAACACGGUGUUGGUAAGUAUGUCGGCACAUGUUAUGAAAUGUCUGAAACUCCCUCAGAGUGUUGUAAGCAAGAUUUAUGCUUUGAUUACUCAUUUUUGGUGGGCGGGAAAGGGGGAUAAAGGGAUACACUGGGUGAGUAGAAGUUUCAUCCAACUUCCUAAGAGUAUGGGAGGUUUGGGAAUUAGAGGUAGUUCAUUUAUCAAUGAUGCUCUCCUCUUCAAGCAAGCAACAAGAAUGCACCUUAAUCCCCAGCUCCUACUUUCAAGAGUGCACAAGAGUUUCCAUCCAUGUGGCAUCGGUAGUAUCAUUGGUCAGCUUAUUAGAAAUUCUUCAAUGGGAAGAGUAAGUCUUCAAAAGGCCAUCCAAGCGUUUAAGAAAGGUUUUGCUUGGAAGGUGGGAAAUGGCAAUAAUAUCAAGGCCAUUAGUAUGCCAUGGGUCGAUGGUAACAUACCAACUGUUAAAUCAAGUCAAACUCUUAGAGUAGCAGCAAACUGGAAAGUGAAGGAUUUCAUUAACAGGGACGAUUAUACUUGGAAUGCUGGUAAAAUAAAGGAGUGUUUCGACUGGGAAAGUGCGAAAACGAUACUGCCAAUGGAGCUCCCUCGGUCUUCGGAGGAGGAUGACUUCCUUUAUUGGAAAUAUCAUCCGUCGGGAAGGUACACAGUUAAAACUGGGCACUAUUAUCUAUCAAAAGAAGGGGAGGUAGAGAGAUCAAAAUUCUUAGCAAGGGAUCAAGAGCUUGUAAAGCUAGUGUGGAGACUGGUCAUUCAACCAAAAUGGAACGUUUUUCUUUGGAAGCUCUUUCAUGACGGUAUAGCAGUUAAACUUAACCUGGUAAGAAGGGGAAUACGAGUAGAAGCUGUCUGUGACCAUUGUGGGGUAGAAUUGGAAGACAGCCAACACCUCUUCAGAUUCUGUAUUCUGGCAAAAGAAUUUUGGGAGAACAACUCCUUAACUAUUUUCCCUGAUUCUUCUGGAUUCAACUCUUUGGAAAGAUGGAUCCAACAUUAUAUCCUGCUGUUUAAUAGCGAGGAUGGUAAGAACAGCAACCGAUGUGCUUUGUUUGUUGCAACGUUAUGGGGGCUAUGGAAAACUAGGAACGCAAGAUGCUUCAAAGGUACACCGGGGUCGAUAAGUUUAGUAAAGGAAUUUAUUAAUCUGGCCAUGGAAGAUCAUGAAGCAUUUAUACACAAGACAAGGUCAACAAAUGAGUGGAGGGCCACUAAGAGAGAUGAUCCGAUCAUCCCUCCGGGAUUUAACUAUGUGCAUCUGGGAAAGGAAUACAACGGCUUUGAUAAUUUCAUUAUGGAAGUCGAUGGAUCCUGGGAUAAAAAUAUAAGGCGAGCAGGAUAG